AUGUCUGGAGAGAGGGAUGCAGAUAGAGCCUCCUCUGUUUCUGGCCAGAAGAUCCCUCUGAAGAGGCCGCCCAGUGCAAGCCAGCGCCAAAGCACCGAGGGGGACCGCGAGGCUAUCAACCUGCAGGUGAAGCUUGAGAUGUUGUGGCGCUUCAAAGCUGGAGAGAAGCGUAGCAGAAUCGGGAAGGUGUUGGGGCUGUCCACCUCCACUGUGGCUACCAUUUGUGACAACAAGGAGAAGAUGCAAGCGAGUUCCCCGGCCACCAGAUUGACGCGCAGCCGCAGCCUGGUGGUGGAGAACAUGGAGCGGCUGCUAAGCGUGUGGACCGAGGACCAGAACCAGCGCAGUGUGCCCAUCAGUGCCAUCCUCAUCCAGGAGAAGCCUCACAGCCUGUUUGAGGACCUCAAGUGGGAGCAGGGUGAGGGUGCCCAAUCGGAGACCUUCGGGGCUAGUUGAGGUACCCCGCCCUUGUGCGGAGAGUGA